AGUGUUCUGUCAGCACUGACAAUGUUUUUAACGAGUGGCGGAAAUGAAGUGAAAGGAAGUAUAUGUCAAGUUCUUUUUUGCGCUCAGGCGGAAGUGUGGAUACGGUUACUAUGGUGACAAAGCCUUUUAGUCAAGCGAAGCCAAGAGGCCGGGAGUCCAGGACGGCGCUGUUUAAUCUCCAAUUUGGAGGGAUGGAAGAGGCAGAAACAGAUGGGCUCAAGACUAAACUGAUAGAAAAUCAGCCCUACGACGAGAGCCUUGAGGUUAAUGACUCUGAAGAAGUUGCAAGUGUUUACACACCAACCCCAAGAAGACCAGGGACAGCAAAGCAACUGUCUGGCAAGGUUAGAGGCAUGGCAGAUCUUGCUAUAAGUAGUGAGGAUGAAGAGAGCACGAAGAGUGAAAAAAAGAAGAAGCCUGGUAAGCUGGGUCAUGUUCGGGGUGCUCGCACACAAGGGCUCACUGAUGAUGAGGAUACAGAAGACACUGAAGGGGAUGAUGAUGACGAUGAGGAUGAUGAUGAUGAUGAUGAUGAUGAUGAUGAAGAAGGACAUGGAACCUCUAAUGAAGGUUACAAUCCUGCAGACUAUGAACACCUUCCAGUGACAGCUGAAAUCAAAGAGUUGUUCCAGUAUAUUACCAGAUACACUCCACAGGUCGUAGAACUGGACUACAAGUUAAAGCCAUUCAUCCCAGACUUUAUUCCAGCAGUUGGUGACAUUGAUGCCUAUUUAAAGGUGCCAAGGCCAGAUGGGAAGCCAGAUAACCUUGGUUUACUUACCCUAGAUGAACCUUCCACUAGACAAUCUGACCCUACAGUUAUGGCUCUUUGGCUAUCUGAGAACUCCAAACAGCACAGUGUAACACAACAGAUUAAAGUCAAAACUUUAGAGAAUGCUGAGCGAAAUAGCAAAGCCAUUGAUGCCUGGAUUGAGAGCAUUAGUGAACUUCAUCGCUCAAAGCCUCCUGCUACUGUUCAUUAUACUCGAUCUAUGCCUGACAUUGACACCUUAAUGCAGGAGUGGCCAUCAGAGUUUGAAGAGCUCCUUGGAAAGAUCAGUCUGCCAGCAGCCGACAUAGAUUGUGAUCUUCCUUCAUACAUUGAUAUGAUUUGUGGUAUCCUUGAUAUUCCUGUAUACAAAAGUCGGAUACAGUCUCUGCAUGUGCUUUUCUCCCUCUACUCUGCAUUUAAAAAUUCCCAGCAUUUCAAAGACUUGGCAGAGGGAAAAAAAGACAGAAGCUCUUCUGGAAAUUCUAUUCCUCCCAAUGGAGAAACAGAUACCAUGAAUCUUAACUAAACAUCUGACUUCCUACCAAUGCACUGCACACAUUAUCCAGCCUGUUGUUGAUGCAUAGUGUGGCAGCUACAAUAGCACUGUUUAACUUUCCCUGUCAGAAUAACCAUCAGUAUGUUUGUGAUAUAUUCAAGGAAUACUGUCAUCACAUAUUUAUUUUAAAGCCCAGAGUCCCCAGAUGUUGUUGGAUACAAUACUAGAUUUAUACAAUACCAAAGGUUUUAUCCCUUAAUUAUAUGUUGAAGAAUGCUGAAAGUCCAGCAAACAUCUGGGAGUCAACAAUUAGAAACUACUUUUAUAAUUAAAUACUAAAUGAAUCUGCUUGAACUUCCCAUAAAAUCAUUCUAUCCUCCACCCAAACACUUCCUAGACCUUUUAUAAGAGUACGUGCAAUUACACAUCUCCGUUGAAUGCAGCUAACUACCAGCAAGUGGUAAAGCAAGUGAGUAAACAGGCAGUUACUCCCCUUAGUGUCUCUGUUACAAUGACGUAGUAAAAGUCCACAUAAGAAUGUAGUAUGUGUGAACUCAGGGGAGUAACUGUGUACUCACUUGAUUUACCCCUUGUCUGUAAUUCAUAUGAGACAUGUAGUUUCACGUAAUAGAAAUUUUCUGUACAGCACCUUAUAGUGUAAAAAUGCCUUUUUUCAAGUUUUCAUGGCAAAAUCUGGUCGGCAACGUUUCAGGCCUUAGUGUGGCCUAUUAUCAAGUUCAUGUAGUUUCACGUACACUCAAAGUGCCCGUUUUUUAAAAUCUAUUUUGGUUUCAUUUAUUGUGUUGACUUGCUUUUUAAUAAGAGAGAAGCGCACGGUUAUAAUGUUCUAUUUUUCUUCCUAGAUCCUGCAUAAAAAAUACUCACUGCCCUCCUCUUUACAUGCAUGCUGCUUACUCUAGGGCCCAAACCAAGGGAACGUUGGCUGUGUAUCUAGGAAAGGUAUGAGCUGUGUUUCCCGCUAGCAGCGGUGGGAGAAAUAAAUAAGCCAGGCUUAAUAAUUAGAAACCAUUAAAGGAGAAGUUAAGAGGAAAGACUAAGAUGGGUGAGAAAAGUGGACAGUAGAAAAGGGAAUGUAAAGAAAGGAAACAACCAAAAUAAAUUUGGAAGUAAGAAAAUGGAA